CGAGAAUUCUCCUUGGGGUGGCGUUCCUCGGUUAGCUGGAUGGAUAAGCAGAGUUGGAUUAGAGUUUGGGAGGCAAAAAUCACCCCGAAGUUGAAGGUAUUUGUUUGGCAAAUUCUUAAUCGGGCUCUGCCGACUAUGGAGGCGCUUAUUGAGAAAAAGGUCCAGGUGCUACCUCGGUGUCCAGUUUGUUGGGAUGAACUUGAGACAAUGGAACACUUGUUUCUGUACUGUCCAGUGGCGCGUGCUCUUUGGGAUUGUUCUGGCCUGGAGUACGUGGGAGAGGGUCUACCUCGGCAGACUUUUCCGUUGUUUCUCAAGCGUCUGUUGGGUUUGAUCCAUCACCCGUCGAUGGUUAUUGCUGUUGUUGCCAUCCUUUGGAGGAUCUGGCGAUCUCGGAAUUGGGUGGUCUUUGAAGGCAAGAAAUUUGGGAUCCCAGCUCUUAUGCGCCAGUUUAAUCAACAGUAUGAGAAAUGGGUGGGGCUACCAGUGGACCAGGUGCCUAGGGCACAAGCCCCGACAAUGCGAUCUGCAACACAAUUGGAUGGUUCCCAGUUUGUGUGCAUGUGGGACGGGGCUACCAGGGGUGGGUCUCAUUCGGCUGGUGGGAUGGUUCUUUUUGGCCCUGGGAGGACACUCCUAAUGGCUAGGGGGAUUCAGUUUGCUCAAAUGGAUGAUCCUGCAGUGGUAGAAUUGCUUGUGCUUCGUGAGGCUAUUAUUUGGUGUAUGGAGCAAGGUUUGUCGGCAGUCCGAUUUGAGGGCGAUGCGAAUGUUAUAAUUGACAAGAUCAAUCAGGCCGACACAAGAGAUAGCCGGUUGGGUGCUGUGCUUGAAGAGAUUGUUCUUUAUCUUCGUGCUCAGUCUGGCUUUAGUGUGCGUUUUGUAGGUCGGAAGAACAAUAGGGUAGCUCAUUUGGUAGCUAGGAAAGCCCUCUCUUUGUAUCUGACUAUGAGUCGCUUCUUUGAUUUCCAGACAUGACUGGUUUCCAGGGUGUAACUAUCUUCUGCUUUUAUCAAUAUAUGAUAUCUUUUGACAAAAAAAAAUACGAGAAUUCUCCUUGAGUUGGAGAGGGUAGAGUGUCUACGACUGCGGAUAAAGGGUUCGUUUGGUUUUGGUGAUUGUUUGGUUGAGAUAGUUACAAUACAUACAUUGUUCACGA